GAAGAACUCGGAUCAGCCAACUAUGCAAUCCCAUUCUUAGCACCAAAUGCUACCGGGAAAGCUUUAUUAGCCGGUGUGAAUUACGCAUCUGGAGGAGGAGGAAUCAUGAAUGCAACUGGAAGAAUAUUUGUGAAUAGAUUAGGUAUGGAUGUACAAGUUGAUUUCUUCAACACGACAAGGAAACAAUUCGAUGAUCUACUUGGGAAAGAUAAAGCAAAAGAGUAUAUAAGCAAGAAAUCGAUAUUCUCAAUCACAAUAGGAGCAAACGAUUUCCUCAACAACUAUCUAUUCCCACUUCUCUCCGUUGGAACACGUUUCACUCAAACUCCUGAUAAUUUUAUCGACGACAUGCUCGAUCAUCUACGUGACCAACUCACCAGGUUGUACAAUUUGGACGCGAGGAAGUUUGUGAUCGGGAAUGUUGGACCGAUAGGAUGCAUACCGUAUCAGAAAACGAUUAAUCAGUUAAAAGAAGACGAGUGUGUGGAUUUGGCUAAUAAGCUAGCGAAUCAAUACAAUAUUCGAUUAAAGAGUUUGCUUGAGGAACUAAACAAGAAACUCCCCGGAGCAAUGUUCGUCCACGCCAACGUCUAUGAUCUCGUGAUGGAACUCAUUACUAACUACAAGAAAUACGGGUUUAUAAGUGCGACUAAAGCUUGUUGUGGUAAUGGAGGACAAUUCGCGGGUAUAAUACCGUGUGGACCGACUUCGAGUAUGUGCGAGGAAAGGGAUAAGUAUGUGUUUUGGGAUCCUUAUCAUCCGAGUGAAGCAGCGAAUGUUAUCAUCGCGAAGCAAUUGUUAUAUGGCGAUGUAAAAGUUAUAUCUCCUUUUAAUCUCAGUAAACUUAGAGAUAUGUGAGAUUUGAAUUGUUUGUUGAACAAAUUUAAGUGUGUAUCCUUUGGAGAUAUGAAAGACUUGUUACUUUCAUGCAUUUACGUACGUUUGUUAUACGCAAAGUUGAAGAUCGAUCUUUGUAUGCAUUGUAUGUGUUGCCGUGUAUAAAUGUAGUGAAAAUGCCUUUUGUUUUAUUGGUCGACAUAGUUAUCUAUUAGAGCCUAAUCUCUACAAGCGUUUUGUGGAUUACAAUGCCAAAAAUCUAUAUGAUCAUUUUU